AUGAACCGUAGAAAAUUCUCCAGAACGUCCGAGGAGGGCGAGAUCUCCAAACGGCCGAAAUUCACCGCAUGCCAGCGCUGCCAUGCACAUAAGAUCAAAUGUUCAGGGGGUCAGCCGUGUCUCAAAUGCCGGCAGGUCGGUUGUGCCGAUGAAUGCCAGUACACGCCUCGCGAUCGACAGGUGAAAGUGAGUGAGAGCUUCUUACAACGCCUGCUAGCGGAGAACCAAAGGCUGCGCGAACAGCCCCAAGCGUCGGGGCCACCAACCGAAGCGGAUCCAGAGGGGGCCGCCUCGGAGCGCGGGCCGUCACAAGCGGCAGCGGCGGCGGCGGCUGCUGAAGCACCGGACCUGGAGACUGGCAAUCCCAACAACGUGCGCAAUCCCCUGAUCGGAGAUCGCGCCUGGUUCCAUCCUUAUGAUACCUCCGCGCCCCCCAUCUUCAUUGGUGAAGCUGCCUGCACCGCGUUUGCGACGCGCUUCCGGCGCUUUCUGACGGGGAGUAACGCCACCGCUCAUAUCCCUCGCACCCAGUACGUCCACGAUGAGAGCAUCAGUGCGGCCUCUGCGGGGGAGAUAGGCUGGCCCAGUCCGCAGCAGGCCCGGCUGUUGCUGAAGAUUGCCCUGCGGCAGAUCGGGUCCAUCUAUCAUCUGGUCCUGCGUAAAUCGACAACAGAGAAACUCGAAGAGAUCUACCAGACCGGUGACUUCAACGUCAAGGUCUACCAGUGCAAGUACUUUGCACUGUUUGCCUUUGGUGAGGCCUACUCGAUGCGCAAUGAGCCGUCCUCGGGGUCGCGCGUGCCGGGGACGAGGUACUUUGCGCGAGCCCUCAGUCUCGUGCAAGUGUUGCCGGAACGAACGAGUAUUACCCAUCUGGAGACCUUGUUGCUUUUGUCUUUAUUCUCCUAUUAUCUGAAUCGGAGACAUUCAGCCUACGUGCUGAUCGGCAGUGCGAUGCGUUUAGGGCUGACGAUCGGCCUCAACCAUAACAUCCCCGAGUCGCAGCUGAUUGACCCGGUGGAGCGACAGCAUCGGGUGCGCAUCUGGUGGACAAUCUACAUCUUCGAUCGGAUGUGGGGCUCCAAGAUGGGCGUACCAUCGCAGAUACUGGACGACGAUAUCCACUUGGACAUGCCGUCGACGAUCAACCCGGUCGCUCUACAUGAGGAGCAGUUCUCGGAUACAGAGUAUCUCAAGGCAAACAUCAGUCUGGCCCGGAUUGUGGGCGAGACCAUUGCCAAACUGUACAGUCGACGCAAGUACAGCGAGACGUUUCUGCAGCGCGUGCAGAAGUUGCUGAAAGCGUUGAAGAACUGGGUGGAAACGCUGCCGAAGCAUCUGCGGUUGAACCAGGAGGAGCCCGAAACCAGCCGAACACCGGUCGGGUCGUUGCAUUUGUCGUUCAAUCAGUGUGUCAUCAUAACCACCCGCCCUACUCUCCUCCACAUCCUCAUCAAACUCAGUGAGGCCGAGUCGGACGAAAUCUCUCAGCCAGUCCUCACUCUCGGCGAGGCAUGCGUUCACGCCGCCCGACACACCCACUCCAUCAUCCUCACACGCUGGAUCAACGGCUCGAUGCCCACCUUCGGCUACUUCCACGCGCACUACCUCUUCUCGUCCGCCCUAGUUCUAGCCAUGUCCAGCUUCACGCCGAUGGGCAGCGCUGCCGACAUGAGCUCCUUCGAGACGGGGCUGGAGGUCCUCCGCUCGAUGAGCGAGAACGGGAACCUAGCGGCGUCGGAAUUUCACCAGCACCUGAAGGUGGUUAACGAGUGCUUGGCCCGGUAUCUGAGUGAUCGCCGGCGCGAUGGACGUGGUGGUGGCCAGCCGAACGCGGCGGCGGCGAUCGGGCCCGGGGUGGCGGAUGCGGUGGUCUCGUCGUCGACGCUGCUCGGGGGGUCCGGGGGUCCUGGAGCGCCUGGGAUGGAGGACUCGUUUCUGCCGGUCGAGUUGCGGGAUAGCAGUGGGGGUUUCACGACGGCGAUGGCGUUUCUGGAGCCGACGAUGCAGGAUUUUCUGGCGCAGAGCGAUUUCGACUUGGGGAUGUUGCAGGUGGAUACUUAUUUGAAUGAGGUGGGGUAUGAGGGGAUGACUAGCGAUCAUUGACACUGGGCAGCUUGUUAAGCAGGAUGCGUUCUCGCGGACACCGCGCGAUAAGUAUCGAAAGCAUGAAUACCCACUAUCUAACUGGAUGGAACUCCGACCCCGUGAUGCUGAGCCGUUUUUCCUUGCUACCCUGUCACUUGGGCUUUGGAACCAUCGAAGCACCCACUAGAAGCUCAAGAGAGUCUGCUGUACAAUGCUCCAGAGGUGGUAUUCCAAUGGUAAAAAUCAGGAUGGUGGCAUGUCUCAUCAAUCUCGCUCCCCAAAUACACAUCCUCACCGGCCAUCAUAUAUAUAACACAUCCACUCCCAUACUAGUACUACUAGUACUACUGCUGUAUGACUUAUAUACGCAACACUGUACAUACCAC